CACCUCUGCUUACUCCAUUAAUUAUUAGCUGGCGUCAUGUCCCCAACUGCCCGGACGCGCAUUCCCUCCGAUUUAGGGAUAAGAAAAGCACCUCCCCCCGGCACGUGGAGACUGCGACGACCAGGAUUUCGAGUCAGAUUUCAUUCCAGUCUUACUUGGGUAGGACUUCAAUGGCAUUUCUAUCUGCUACAACCUCUCAAUACUCGUAGCUGUGCAUCUCAAGACUCUUUGUCGGUCGCGCGUCAUCUGCUCCAUCGAAACUCUUUUUCUUUGUUCGCCCGCUCGGCCUUGACUUCGGGUGCCACCUUUCGCUAUCCUUGUCACCCUUUCUGAAAGGGUUCACGCAAACCUGGGUUCAACCUUUAUUGAACUGUCCGGAACGGCUUGCUCGCUCGCAUUCAUCUCCGGCCCUCCACUUCGGACUCCGCUCGUUCGGAUUUUGGGAGUCUCUACUUAGUUCGGCCAGUCGUACUUCUAAAUAUACGGAACAAACCCCGAAAUAACAUUGUCGGACCCAACAAAGGAUAACAACAAGGGCGUCUU